UUGCCCUUCAAAAGUCACAAAAUGAAGUCAACAGUGUUCAGCAUCGACUUGGUUGCCAACGACAGUGGAGAGAAUUUACCCCGAGAUCAGACAUUAGAUUUCUAUAAUAAGAGAGAAAGCUGCGACACUAGCAGUGGCAGCGGAAUUCCAAGUACGACACCUGGAACGUCAACCAGCAGCAGACGCAUUACUCUGAACAGAAGCGUUUCAACUAGAAGUCAUUACUCUAACACCCUCUCGACAGGACGAACUUUAAUAUAUCUGAUUAAAGCCAAUUUGGGUCCUGGUCUUUUCGCUAUCCCAGCCGCGUUUAAAGACGCCGGGAUAGUGGGCGGAUCCAUAGGGGUCCCCAUCAUGGCGAUUCUCUCUAUCCACUGCAUGCAUUUGCUUGUUAAAUGUACAGCAGAGUUAAAGUCGCGAUGUGGUGAUCCAGACAUGGCGAUGGACUAUCCCCAAGCUAUUGAAACAGCCUGCCUAACUGGAUCUAGGAAAAUAGGCAAAUGCGCAACAAUAGCCAGGAGGUUAAUCAAAGUUUCUGUGUUCUUCAAAGAAUUGGCUUUUUGUUCCGUCUUUAUUCUAUUCGCCGGCUACUAUUUACGACAGUUGGUGAGCUAUUAUUCCCCGGGUAACGAGUGGACCAUCAGACACUGGACGGCCAUAAUGAGCCUCCCUGCUCUUGUAAUGGCUUGCAUUCAAAAUGAAAAGUUUCUACACACUCUCUCGUAUUUUGCGAGCGGAAUUAAAGCUUUCAGCUUGAUCGUUCUGUUUGUCUACAUCUUCAAGGAUGAUUUGCCUCACGUCACAGAGCGCCCAGCGUUUUCUAAACCUUCCUACAUGCUGCUCUACUAUGGAACAGUUAUCUUCGCCUUCGAAGGCGUUACACAAGCCCUGCCACUACAUGACAACAUGCGAACGACACAGAAUUUUGGAGGAUGGAAUGGUGUUCUCAAUACGGGAAUGGUAAUCAUCAGCUGUCUUUAUUUUGCCGUCGGUUUCUAUGGCUACUUGAAAUACGGAGACAUUACAUACCCCAGCAUCACCAUGAAUUUACCCAAAGAAGAUGUGAUAUGUCAAGUAGUCAAAAUUGGACUCAUCAUCGCACUAUUGAUUAAUUACGGUAAUCAAUUGCACGCCGCCGUAGAGAUCACAGGGCCAACAAUCGACAGACGCUACAGCAAUGAACGAAGCCGAAUGUUUGCCAAAGUUGGAAUUCGAGCUACUCUCUUCGUCUCUAGUGUGUUGGUGGCUUUGAUCACAGAAAACUUGGACCUGUUGAUGUCACUGGCUGGAGCUCUCACUUGCACUUUUGUAUGCCUCAUUUUCCCUCCCACCCUAGAUAUAAUCACCUUUUGGCACAAGUCUUUCGGGUGCUUCUGGCUAACCAAAAAUAUUUUCAUUAUUCUGAUAGCACUGGUGGCAUUUGCCACAGGUACACUAGAAGCAGUGAUGGCCUUUGAAUAUUACUUUGAUGACAAUUUUUUGGGGGAUUCAUAGUAAUAGGAUAAAAUGUGUUCACUUAUUAAAGAAAUUUUAAAACUGUCAAUGGUGGAGGAGUCAAAACUCAAGAUGGCUUGACAGAUCACUUUUUCAUUCACGUGAUUUCUAAGGAUGAUUGCCAACAAUUGCAUCCAAUAUACAUAUGUACAUAAAACAUCUACAGUAAUGUGGAGGCUCUUAAUAAGCAGAACUGUGAUUUCCUAACGCUUGUUUAGUGGUCAGGCUGACUUAUUUUCAAACACAUGCAUCGAUAACGUGAAUAAAAAUCGUAAAUAUU